AUGCUGCCAUUGAGUAAACCUCACUUCUCAGGGGCAUUCCUGCUGCUGGUGGUAUCAAACUUGCUUCUAUGGGAGAAAACUGCAUCAGUUCCUGCAUGUAUAACAGAAGGGAAUGUCUGUUCCGAUACCCUCGUGACCAAAUUUAACAAUGCCAUCCAGCAAGCUGAAGUCAUCCAAGAUCUAGCUGACAAAGUGGAUGAUGAGUUUUACAAAAACCCAUUCUCAUCUGGACAAUUUGCAACACUUGUCUAUCCUAAUGCAAAAAAGAAGUAUAAAAUUGUCACCUGGGAAUAUCUUCCAAGCCUAAGAUCAACUGACAAAAAUAAAAAGUUUUUGGCAAUGUUCAACCUUUCUAACUGCCUAGGCUCUGACAUAAUCUACAUUAAAUUUCAUCUCAAAACACUGAUGUGUCGCAUAACAGGGAAAGAGUGCUAA